GAAACGAAAUUUUUCUAAAAGUGAACAUACUCGACAAAAUAUCAGAAAAUCAAUUACUUAACUCAACGUUUUAUACUUCAUCCACUGCUCAAAGAAUAAGUUGAUCAAUCAGAAUAAGUGAUUUAAAGUCAUAAAAGCUAAAAAAAUUAAAAGUUCAUUUGAAAUUGUCGCGUGAUUUUAUGAAAUUCAUUUCUAAAAAUCGAACAAAGAAAAAGUUCAAGAAAACGAAUUUAGAAAAAGUGCAUUUCAGUGAAGUUUAAAGAAAUCAUUUAUAAAUAUGGAAGAAGAUAAAGAUCAGCAACAGCUGACCCAACAAGAGAUUCGAAUGCGUCGUUUACGAAAGCUUGGUGUUAGUUCCGCAAAUGAAAAAUCUGAUGAGUCAGGUAACCAAAAAACAUCAAAGUCUGAUGAGGCCAGUAAUGAUAAUAACAACAGCAUACCAACAGACACAAACACAACAGCUUUAUCUCCACCAAUCUCCAAUAAGGAUGACAACAAAAAUGUUAUUUUAUCAGAGAUCUCUCCGUCACUUCCUCAAGAAAUUCCAUCAAUUCAAAUUGACGAUAAAAUGGAAAACAAUAUGAAUAUUGGUAAUCAGUCGGAAGUAAUUUCAAAAAUGGAGACUGACGAAAGCGAAACAAAGGCUAAAAUUUCAAGUGACGAUCAAAUGGAAGUGGAAGACAACGAAUCGAGUGAAAAACAACCGGAAAACAGCGCAAUGAAAUGUAUUUCAAGAAUUCUUGAUGUAACAUGGAAUGAGCAGUGUGAUGGAUGUUAUUUUGUGAAAGACACAAUAUCAGCAAUUCUUGAUGGCUCAUUAUCAACUGACAAUCAUCCAGAACUUAUAUCCGAAAUCAUAAAUGAAAUGCUUCGACAAUAUUUGACAUCAACUCUCACAAAAGAAGUCGAGGUCAAUUCUAAUUCCGAUCAGAUUCUGUCGAGUCGAAUGAGAAACGACGACAUUGAAAUGGAUUACGAAGAAACGACUUUUGCCGAAUCGUCGAGACCAAAACAAACGAAAACAAGCACUGCCAAGGAAGCUGCUUUGUAUUAUUUGAUUGAAUCAUUUAACCGAUCUUUAAGUGAAACUCAACAAGAGCUGAGUAUUGAAUGUCGUCAGCAACUUGUUAAAUAUGCAAUUUCUCUUCUCGACCAUGCUUGGAUUUUCGAAACUUGUCAGAAACAAAGCGAAACACGAUCACGGUCUCCAUUACUGCAAAUCAUGUACGACGAAAUUGUCGCAUAUCAAGACUUUGUACGACAUUUGAUGACUGAACUUUAUAAUAAUCAUCCGAAGCGUUUCAAUAAAAUCUUUGACGUUGUACUUGCAGAUAUUUAUCUUGAUAUGAGAUGCAAACAAAUCAAGUCGGUGUACACACUUCCGACACAUUCAAUCGAUCGUCUCAACGAACUUAUCACAAUGAGUCUCAUCAACAAUGAAAGUGUGAAGCCAAUUUGCAAUCUCGUUGUUAGUCAUCCAACUUUCAUGCCAACACUUUGCACUGACAUACCAGGACGUGAAAUAUCUCACGUAUCUUAUUUGUCACCUUUCCUUUCGAUCUCAAUUCUCGUCUAUGAUCGAUUUUAUGACGAAGAUAACAGCAUCGAUUCAGUUAUUCAAAUGGAUUUACAAAGCAAAUUGGAAUAUGUCAGAACAUUGCUUCAUCAACUUUUCUACACUUUCAUUCUCAAUAAAGACACGCGCGGAACAGUUCUCAAAUACAUUGCUGAAUUGUUGAAACAUAACUCAAAGAGAACACAAUACAAUGCUGACGAGAGAAGUCUCGCACAAGAUGGCUUCAUGUUGAAUCUGAUGGCUGUUUUACAACAAUUAUCUAUUAAAGUGAAACUCGAUCGUAUUGAUCCACUUUAUCCAUUUCAUCCUCAAUCUCUUGUGAACAUUGACGAUGAUACAAAGCUUCGAUUUGAAACAGCAGAAUUUACGAAACAUGUUGAGAAAUUAAAGACAGAAGUUAAUUGGGAAGAUCCGAAGUUUGUUAGUCAUUGUUGGUUCUUUACACUUCAAGGACAUCACUUGGGAAUUAUUCCAGCAAUCUCACGUUAUCAUAAACGACUUCGUGCAAUCAAAGAACUUCAAAGAAUGGUCGAUGAACUUAAUGCAACACGAUCACGAUGGGAAAGUACGCCACUUGCACGUCGCAAUAAGCAAGCACGUGAUAAAUGGGCAAAUCGCAUUAAAAAGCUAACGAAAGCUAAGAAUACGAUGGAAAUUAUAAUUCUCGAUCCAGGACUAAAUAGAAAUUGUUUACAAUUCUACAGUACGGUUUGUGAAUACAUUUUACAUCAAAUGGAAGGACGUAAGAAGAUUGAAGGCGUUUUUUACAAUAAAAUACCACCAAAUCAGUUGAAAGCUUCAGACGAGUUUUCAGCUCUUCCUGUUUGGUAUAUCGAAGACAUUGCUGAUUAUUUACUCUUUUUAUUAACAAAUCGUAUUGAAGUGAUAAUUGACUACAUGGAUCAAUCGAUUGUAACUUGGUUGUUGUCACUUGUUUGUGCACCACAUUUGAUUAAGAAUCCUUAUCUGACUGCCAAAUUGGUUGAAGUUCUUUUUGUCAUUUCACCAAGCAUUCAACAAACGACUAUGAAAAUUUAUAAAAUGGUCAUGAGCCAUGAACUCGCUCAAUCAUCACUCAUCCCAGCAUUAAUGAAGUUUUAUGUUGAUGUUGAAACAACUGGACAAAGCACAGAAUUCUAUGACAAAUUCACAAUUCGUUAUCACAUCUCGCACAUUUUUAAGAGCAUGUGGAACAGUCCACUGCAUCGUCAAAUGAUGGUGUCAGAAUCAAAGAAUGGAAUUCAAUUUGUAAAGUUUAUCAAUAUGUUGAUGAAUGACACGACCUUCCUUUUGGAUGAAUGUCUUGAGAAUUUAAAGAAGAUUCACGAUGUACAAAGUCUUAUGAUGCAAGAAGAUGAGUGGGGAAAGCUUGACGCUGAAGAUCAACAAAAUAGACAACGUCAAUUGGCGCAAGAUGAAAGACAAUGUCGUUCUUAUUUAACUUUGGCGAAGGAGACGGUUGAGAUGUUCCAUUAUCUUACAACUGAUAUUAAAGAGCCUUUCUUACGUAAGGAGCUUGUUGAUCGCCUUAGUUCAAUGUUGAACUUCAAUCUUCAACAGUUAUGUGGGUCAAAGUGCAGUAAUUUAAAAGUGAGAAAUCCCGCUCGAUAUGGUUGGGAGCCAAGACGUUUAUUAGGACAAUUGGUGGACAUUUACAUCCAUCUGAAUUGUGAUGAAUUUGCAGCUGCAUUGGCGCGUGAUGAAAGAUCGUUUGAAAAGCAUUUCUUUGAGGAAGCUGCGUCAAAGAUUGAGAAAAAUGGAAUAAGAUCUGCGAUUGAGAUUGAAAAGUUUAGAAGUUUGUUGCAAAAAGCGUCAGAAAUUUAUACAAUGAAUCAAAAGAAUGAUGACGAUUAUGCUGAUGCACCAGCAGAGUUUAUGGAUCCAUUGAUGGCGACAUUAAUGACCGAUCCAGUAAAAUUGCCUUCAGGUCAGGUCAUGGAUCGUUCAGUGAUUGCUCGUCAUCUGCUUAACAGUCAGACUGAUCCAUUUAAUCGACAGCCUUUGACUGAAGAACAGUUAAUUCCAGAUCCAGAGCUUAAGGAAAGAAUUGCAGCUUGGAAGAAAGAAAUGAACUCGAAACGCGUUGAUUAAUUAAAUCUAAAAUGAUGAAAAAUGUUUAACGAAGUUUUAAAUUUCUUUUCUGCAUAGAUUGUAAAACAAAACAAAACAAGAAAACAUGUCAAACGCCAAUUUUUUCAACUUUUUCAGAUGAAUAAAAAAUAUUAAAUUUAAUGUCAUACAGAA